AUGCAUUCCUCAAAUUACCUGCCCAUCUACAUCUUCCCUCUCCUCUUCUCCUUCGCCAGUGCUCAAACUGCUGAUGGCGCUAUCGUCCCCUUUUCCACGCUCCCAACAUGCGCUGCAACUUGCGGUCCUCUCUACGACGUCCAAGGCGCCUGCGCACCUCCCGCCCAGACGUCCGUCAACCAGAAUUGUUUCUGCACCGAUACGCGCCUCACACCCUUUCUUCAAGGCACAAGCAAUGUUGCCAGCGUAUGCGGUGCCGCGAGUUGUUCCGCGGCCAGCGAUUUGCAGGCUCUCCAGACCUGGUAUGAAGGGUAUUGUAAGAGUACAAGCGCAACAACAUCUACAACAGCGGGAGGAACUGCGACGACAACAGGUACAGCGGGGUCGAGUACAAAAACGAGUGCAGGAAGUUCUGGAAGUACGAGUAAGAGUACGAGCACCAAUGGAAAUCCGAGUUGGCUCUCAUCCCAUGUAAAAUGGGUAGUCAUGCUCAUCAUCCUCGCCAUCGCCAUACCCGCCAUAUGGAUAGCAGCUAUAUUCCUACGUCGCCGCUACAUCCGCAAAAGGGAUCGCGAGAUCGAGAUGCGUCCCCCUGUGGCCAUCGGGCCCCAUCAGGUCCAAGCGAUGAGUGGAGGAUACAGUUAUGGAGACGGUGUUGUGGAUCAACAUGGAAAGAGAAGUGGUGUUGGUGGAAGGGGGCCUAGCAAUGGGAGUGGAGGGCAUAGUAAAGAUAUGAGUGCGAGCGCGGUGGUUGCAACGCCUGCGGACGGGACGAGAGAGAAGAAGGGCUGGUUGCAGAAGGCGAGGAGAUGA